CCGUCUGAGUGGGAACCAUGGUGGAACCGGUGGGAUUUAUGGAUGCGUGGAGAGCCCAGUUCCCUGAGUCCGAUCCACCUUGCAUGGAGCUGAACUCGCUGGGAGACAUUAAGCAGGAGCUGGAGAAAAUUGCCAAAGCGUCCGUCAGGCACUUGAAAAAGAGGGUCAACAAGGAGCGUUUCCGGAUGAUCUACCUCCAGACUCUGCUUGCCAAGGAGAGGAAGUCUUAUGAUGGGGAGCGAUGGGGCUUUAAAACACCAGCUCAGACUGAUGAUGGGGAAUUGAUCCCGAGUGGCACAGACCCAUCAAAGAUCAAGCUCAGGUGAGCACCAUUGCCUGAGCAGCAGGAGCGAGGAGCAGGCAGGACGUCCAGUUGGAAACCACAUCCCGAAGAAGUUGAUGCUGCAUCCCAAACAGAGGCCGGCGUGAUACUGGUCCACCAAGAGGCAGACACAUCUGAUGUCCCGGUGGGUUUGGGCGUCGUGGCGGCUCUAAUCAACUUUGAGCGCAUCAGGAGGGCCAACUCUCACACAGCUGGGGAUAGCAGAGGGUUACUGGUGACUGGCGCUCCACAGAAACCUUUCUAUGGGAACAUGGAGUACCAUCAUGAGCGGGUGGUCAAAGUUAAUGACAGGGAAGUCUCGGACAAGAUCAGCACCCUUGGGUGUCAGGCCAUACAGAUGGAGCGAAAACGGUCCCUGCACUCCCUGCCGGGGAACCUGUCAGUUGCCACAGGGGACCUCAGCAAGUCUGUGCAGAGAGGACGAGCCACAGAGGGUAACUACAGCCACAAUGGGUCAUAUGAAGACACAGAGGUCAUCCCACCCUUCUUGAAAGAGAGCAGUGGGACCCAAUCCACUGGGACAAAGUCUGAGCGACAGCUGGUAGAGUGCCAGCCGUACACCAGUGUGUAUGUUGGGGGAAUGAUGGCAGAAGGAGAUACCCGAAUCAUCCACAUUAAAGACCACAGCAUCGAAGAGGAUCCACACCUCACCUGGCGGCGCUCCUACUCACCUGGCAGCUUUGAUGACAUAGGAGGUGGCUACACUCCAGAUUGUAGCUCUAAUGAGAACCUGACAUCCAGCGAAGAUGACUUCUCCUCGAGCCAGUCCAGCCAUGUGUCUCCCAGUCCCACCACCUGCCAGAUGUACAGGGAGAAAAGCCGCUCACCCUCUCAGCAUUCCCAGCAGUCCUUUGAGAGCAGCAGCCCUCCCACACCCCUAUCAAAACACCUGAAGCAGCAGGUGAUGGUUUCUGAGGCCUCUGUGAUCACGGCCCAUAAAUCAGGCCAGAUUUGCCCAGUGAAUGGGGACUCCACCACAUCCUGCAGGACCUCUCAGGACAACAGCGUUCAAGGAGAUCUGGAUGAGACUCUUCAAUCAUACGGUUUUGACCUGGAACAUUCAGAAGAGCACCAGCAGCGCUGCCGUCCUCUAACCUUCAGCGGAUCUCCAUCUUCCUCGCCUCAGCUCCGCUCCAAGAGCUGCAGCAGACGGGACACCCAGUCCUCUGGAUCUCUGGAGUCCACUCUGUCGGUGGAGCUGGAUCAUGAGAAGGGUCUGGAGAUGAGGAAGUGGGUUCUGUCAGGAAUCCUGGCCAGUGAGGAGACUUACCUCAGCCACCUGGAGGCCCUUUUGAUACCCAUGAAGCCCCUGAGGGCGGCCGCGACCACCUCUCAGCCGAUGCUGACUGUUCAACAGAUAGAGACGAUCUUCUUCAAGGUGCCAGAGCUUCAUGAGAUCCACAAAGAUUUCUUUGACGCUCUGCUGCCGAGAGUCCAGGACUGGAGCCAGCAGCAGUGUGUGGGCGACCUCUUCCAGAAACUGGCCAGCCAGCUUGGAGUGUACCGGGCCUUUGUGGAUAACUAUAAAGUUGCUGUGGCGACGGCGGACAAGUGCUGCCAAGCAAACACACAGUUUGCAGAGAUAUCUGAGAAUCUCAAGGUCAGAAGCACAAAGGACUGCAAAGAUCAGUCAGCUAAAAAUUCACUGGAAACUCUUCUGUACAAACCCGUGGACAGAGUGACGCGCAGCACGCUUGUUCUGCAUGACCUGCUGAAGCACACACCUUCCAGCCACCCAGAUUAUCUGCUGUUACAGGAUGCACUGCGCAUCUCUCACAACUUCCUGUCCAGUAUCAAUGAGGAGAUUACCCCCCGCCGACAGUCCAUGACUGUGAAGAAGGGAGAGAACCGUCAGUUGCUGAGGGAUCGAUUCAUGGUGGAACUGGUCGAAGGUUCCAGGAAACUUCGUCACGUCUUCCUCUUCACUGACCUGCUGCUCUGCACCAAGCUGAAGAAACAGGCUGCUGGGAAAGCGCAGCAGUAUGACUGUAAGUGGUACAUCCCAUUGGCUGAACUGACCUUCCAGACCAUCGAGGACUCUGAGUCCACGCCCAUCCCUCUGGUCCAAGAUGAGGAGAUAGACGCCAUGAAGAUCAAAAUCUCUCAGAUCAAGAAUGACAUCCAAAGAGAGAAGAGAACCACCAAAGGAUCCAAAGUGAUGGAACGACUGAGGAAGAAGUUAUCGGAACAGGAAUCACUGCUGCUCCUCAUGUCACCCAACAUGGCCUUUAGAGUCGCCAACAGAAACGGAAAGGGUUUCACAUUCCUGAUUUCGUCAGAUUAUGAGCGUGCUGAGUGGAGAGAGAUCAUCCGGGAGCAGCAGAAGAAAUGUUUCAAAAGCUUCUCUCUGAGCUCCGUGGAGCUGCAGAUGCUCACUAACUCCUGUGUGAAGCUCCAAACGGUCCACAACAUUCCAGUGACCAUGAAUAAAGAAGAUGAUGAAUCUCCUGGUUUGUAUGGCUUUCUGCAUGUCAUUGUUCACUCUGCAUCAGGACUCAAGCAGAGUUUAAAUCUUUACUGCUCUUUGGAGGUUGACUCCUUUGGCUAUUUCGUCAACAAAGCCAAAACACGUGUUUACAGAGACUCCACUGAGCCCAGCUGGAACGAGGAGUUUGAGAUUGAAUUAGAAGGUUCUCAGACUCUGAGGCUUCUCUGCUAUGACAAGUGUUACAGCAAAACCAAGCAGAACAAAGAGGAUGGAGAGAUCAGUGACAAGAUCAUGGCCAAAGGACAGAUAAAGCUGGAUGCACAGACAUUACAAAACAAAGACUGGCAAAGAACAGUCAUUGCUGUCAAUGGGACUGAAGUGAAGCUUUCCAUGAAGUUCACAAGUCGAGAGUUCAGUUUGAAGCGAAUGCCUUCACGGAAGCAGUCAGGCGUCUUUGGAGUGAAAAUUAACACCGUAACGAAGCGCGAGCGUUCCAAAGUUCCCCUCAUUGUGAGGCAGUGUGUGGAGGAGAUCGAGCGACGAGGGAUAGAUGAGGUUGGAAUCUACAGAGUGUCGGGCGUGGCAACUGACAUCCAGGCGCUGAAGGCUGCUUUUGAUUCAAACAACAAAGACGUGUCUGUGAUGAUGAGGGAGAUGGACGUCAAUGCCAUUGCUGGAACACUAAAGCUGUAUUUCCGUGAGCUGCCAGAGCCGCUAUUCACAGAUGAAUUGUAUCCCAAUUUUGCUGGAGGCAUCGCUCUCUCUGACACUGUGGCCAAGGAGAGCUGUAUGCUCAACUUACUGCUGUCUCUCCCAGAACCCAACCUGGUCACCUUCCUUUUUCUUCUCGAUCAUCUGAAAAGGGUGGCUGAAAAUGAGAGCAUCAACAAAAUGUCUUUGCACAACCUGGCCACAGUUUUUGGCCCCACGCUGCUCCGGCCCUCGGAGAAAGACAGUAAAAUCUCCGGCAGCGUGCAGCCCAUCUCCAUGAAUGACAGCUGGUCUCUGGAGGUCAUGGCUCAGGUGCAAGUUCUACUUUAUUUCCUCCAGCUGGAAAGCAUCCCAGCUCCAGACAGCAAACGUCAAAGCCUUCUCUUCUCCACUGAAGUAUAACACCGAGCGCGGGCAGAAUAACGGACGGCGGUUAUCGUUCUGUGUGGAAGAAUGCUGCUGAAUGUGGUGAACGCUGCCCAGCCGUGGUCUGCGUUUGGCCACCAGGGGGUGCACGUUGUACAUGUGGAAACGCUGCUCGCUUCCAGCCGCACCUGCAACACUUUUGACGAAAUGCACCGUAUUUCUACAAGCAUUUUAUUUGCUUUAUUCCAGUAUUUACCCUGAUCCGUGUUACUGCUGUGCACACGUGCUGCAUACUUACUGACGGGAUUUCCUGCUGUUUAUUCAGAUUAUUCCUGAGGACGUGUGAUGAUGAUGAUGAUGAGCGGUGUGAUGGAUGGAUCCCACCCCAGAAAUGUUCGAGUUGGUUGAAGGUUCACUGUGCCAUUUUUAUUUUCUCCCUGCUGAUGACCAAUAGGAGUAUUUUAUUUAGCCAGAUAUUUACACACUCUCUUAACUUUGUACAAACUUUAAAAGUAUGAGACUGAAAAGUGUAGUUAUAACGCACAACAUGCAGGCAUGUUGACUGAACUGUUUGAAGUGUUUCUUUUGUCUUAUACCAGUUGUGUAGUUUUACUUUGGUGGCGUGUGAGGCUGUAGGAGCUUUCCCUAGGACCUUCGUUAGUGGUGAUCCACAACACACAGGGACCAUCGUGCAGGGCUUGCCAUCUUGUGUGCACAACAUACUUACUGUGUGGGAACAAGUUAUUACCUUCUCUGUACAAGCUUAGCAUUGCUUAUUGUCAGUGCAUGUUAUAAUGUGUGCACAAGAUGAUUAUCUUGCAGUGACACGUUUUGUAUGUGCACAAGAUACUGUAUGUGGGAUCAUGUAAUCAUUUGCAUGCAAACAAAUUAUGAAUGAGCAAGUUACCAUCUUGUAGCUUGUGUGCACAAGGUAACUACUGAAACAAGAUACCGUCUCUGCACAUCUGCACACAACCUUACGUUUUGCAAACUAUCAUGUAUGUGCAUGCGUAAGAUACUGCUUUUCUACGAACAUGCUGCCACGUUAUAACUGCGCGCAAGAUAGCUAUAUUGUGUGAAUAACAUUUACAGACAACAUAGUUGUCAGAAAACAUUAUAACCUUGUUUGUAUAAAAUAUAUUGAGCAAACUAAUUUUGAUAUACACAAAUAUAUGACUGGAAUGAGAUUUUGUUUGUACAAGAUAAUUAUCUUGCAUGGACAAGUUACACAUCUGUCCACAAGAUUCUGUAUGUAUGAACAUGUAAUAGCCUGUGUGCACAGUUGUUAUCAAGGAGAAAUAUACCUUUUGUAUCUUAAUUCCACAAGAUAACAUCUUGUGGAAUCAAGAUGUCAUUACUGCUCAAGAUCUUAUCUUUUGGGAACCAUCGUAUUCUCAGUAGAUACUUCCCUGAACAAGUUAUUAUCUUGUAUGAAAAAUGAUUGUAGGGACAUGUUAUCAUUUGUGCACAAGAUCAUUAGCAUGUUCUGGAUGUGCACAUGAGAUACUGAGUCUUGUGCACAUAUAACUUUUUUAUUAUUCUUUUCAUACAAGAUAUCUAAAGCACACACAAUUAUUCCCAGAAGAUAUGAUCUUGUGUAGACAUGACACCUCAUUUCCACAAUGUAGUUAUCUUAUGUGUACAAUCUCCAAGAUGGUAUGUUUCUGCUUGAUAAUUAAUCUGUACAGAAAUGAUUACUGUUCACACAUACAGUAUCUUGUGGACAGAUACGUUGAACCUAUAAACUAAUUAUCUUGUCCGCACAUGAAAAUAUGCACCACAGGAUACACAAACUAGCUGAUUUGCACAAGAUAACAUAGUGGAAACAUGUUGUCAUGUUACGAUAAUGAUGGUCAAAUAGCAACAGAUUACUAGAAUGUGUAAUUUUAUUGCUUCUCGUGUACACACAAGAUAUGUGUAUUGCCAGAACAAUAUAAGAACAAUGGAAUCUUGUACAAAAUACAGAUGUUGUGGGAACAAAUUUUUAUAUGCACAAAUAUUUGGCAGUUAGACAUUGUCUAGUGUGUACAUUGCACAAGAUAAAUUGUGUUGUGGGAACACGAUAUCAUGUGUGGGUGUGUGUUUUUCAUGUGUGAGCAAGACCAUUAUCUUGAAGGACCAAAUUAUGUGUCCACAAGAUACUGCAGUAUGCACAGACUAAUUAUCUUCAAACAUCAAGUUACCAUUUUGUAGCAAGAGAACUAUGAUUUUUUUUUUUUUUUAAUGCUCUUGUACAUGCUUGAUACUUGCGGGAAGCUGUUAUCUUGUGUGGAAAAAAGUAGCUUGUACAAACAAGUUGUGUGCACACAUUACUUGUAUUAUAGGAAUUAAUUAUUUAGUGAGCUUGAAAUAAUUGAGGUUAGAAAGCUAUCUUGUGCAACACAAUGUAAUGUGUGCACAGGAUCUUUUUUUAGUAUUGUGUCCACACAGAUAGUCAUCUUGUGGGAACAAGUUUGCACUGUAUAUGAUAAUUACAUUUACAUGUUUAUAAUAUAAAUCAGUUUAUUAUAUUUGGCUUAGACUGUAUUCUGUAGUUCCCACAGGAUAUUUAUGUUGUGCAGGCAAGAUAGAAAACAAGCCACCUGUUGGCAGUUUGUGUGACAAAUCAUUCCAGGAAAGGUGUGGGCUCGGGGUAGUUCACAGAAUGUAUACUGUGUUUUGUGGCAUUUUAAUUCCAUAUCUUGUAAGUCACAUGUCUCGUGUCAACACUGUUUUUUUUUUUUUUUCCGUUUCUGGUUUGGUUUGUUCGUUUGUGGUUCAUGUUGUGUUUCAAUGACAUUGUUUACAUGUAGUUUUCUCCACUUGUAGGUCAAAAACUCAGAUUGUAGAAAUUAUUCUAAAGAUAGUAGUCAGUGAGCCAGUGGAAAGUUUUGAUCUAAUCAGUACCACUUAAGGGGACUAAACAACACUUAAAAUCCAGCCUCAGUGU